UGCUCGUAGUGCAGGUGCUGCUGCCGCUGCCUGGCUAAGGGUAGAGAGAGGGGCUGCGAUAGGAAAGGAGGGAUGGAGAGAGUGGAGAGGCAGCAGAAGGAAAGGAGCAGGACAUGAGAGAGGGCUUCUGUGGGGGCUCCUUGAUACCGCUUUGGGGCUGGGGCAUGAUAAGUCUUCGGAAAGAGGGGCACUUUUAAGAUAUGAUGACGCUCUUUGCUGGCGGGCGGUAGUACUAUGAUUUGGUAUGUGGCCACUUUGAUAGCAAGUGUGAUCAGCACCAGAGGUCUUGCAGCUCAAGGUGCCCACGGCCUUCGGGAGGAGCCUGAGUUCGUGACUGCGAGGGCUGGUGAGGGCGUUAUUUUGAGAUGCGAUGUGAUCCACCCUGUGACGGGACAGCCUCCCCCCUACGUAGUCGAAUGGUUCAAAUUUGGGGUCCCUAUCCCCAUAUUCAUCAAAUUUGGCUACUAUCCCCCUCAUGUGGAUCCUGAGUAUGCAGGCCGGGCCAGUCUUCACGAUAAGGCGUCCCUUCGGCUGGAGCAGGUGCGCUCAGAAGACCAGGGCUGGUACGAGUGUAAAGUGCUCAUGCUGGACCAACAAUAUGACACCUUCCACAAUGGCAGCUGGGUGCAUCUCACCAUCAAUGCACCCCCAACCUUUACAGAGACACCCCCUCAGUACAUUGAAGCUAAGGAAGGUGGCAGCAUCACCUUGACCUGCACAGCCUUUGGGAACCCAAAGCCCAUUGUUACUUGGCUCAAGGAAGGGACCCUCCUUGGGCCUAGUGGGAAAUUCCAGGUGAGUGAUGGGAGCCUGACAGUGAAAUCUGUCAGCCGGGAUGACAGAGGGGCUUACACCUGUCGUGCAUAUAGCAUCCAAGGAGAGGCUGUCCACACCACCCACCUGCUUGUCCAAGGACCUCCCUUCAUCGUUUCCCCUCCAGAGAACAUCACUGUCAACAUAUCCCAGGAUGCACUGCUCACCUGCCGGGCUGAGGCGUAUCCGGGCAACCUAACCUACACCUGGUACUGGCAAGAUGAAAAUGUCUACUUCCAGAAUGACCUGAAGCUCAGAGUACGGAUCCUAAUUGAUGGAACAUUGAUCAUCUUCCGAGUGAAGCCGGAAGAUGCUGGAAAGUAUACCUGUGUCCCUAGCAACAGCCUGGGCCGUUCCCCCUCAGCCUCAGCAUACCUGACAGUACAGUACCCAGCCCGUGUCCUCAAUAUGCCACCAGUUAUAUAUGUGCCAGUGGGAAUACAUGGCUAUAUCCGCUGCCCCGUAGAUGCUGAGCCACCUGCCACUCUGGUCAAAUGGAAUAAAGAUGGUCGUCCCCUGCAGAUUGAGAAGAACCUGGGUUGGACCCUGAUGGAAGAUGGCUCUAUUCGCAUUGAAGAGGCUACAGAAGAGGCUCUUGGCACUUAUACCUGUGUGCCUUACAACACUUUGGGGACAAUGGGCCAGUCUGCCCCUGCACGGCUUGUCCUGAAGGAUCCCCCUUACUUCACGGUGCUACCAGGCUGGGAAUAUAGGCAGGAGGCUGGCAGAGAGUUACUCAUCCCCUGUGCUGCGGCAGGAGAUCCCUUCCCCGUCAUCACUUGGAGAAAGGUAGGGAAACCCAGCAGAAGCAAGCACAAUGCCCUGCCCAGUGGGAGUCUUCAAUUCCGUGCCCUGAGCAAGGAGGACCAUGGAGAGUGGGAGUGCAUUGCCACCAAUGUGGUCACCAGCAUCACUGCCAGUACACACCUCACAGUCAUUGGCACCAGCCCUCAUGCCCCCAGCAGCGUCCGGGUCCUUGUCUCCAUGACGACUGCCAAUGUGUCCUGGGAACCAGGCUAUGAUGGCGGCUAUGAUCAGACAUUCUCAGUUUGGUACGGCCCUCUGAUGAAGCGGGCUCAGUUUGGGCCUCAUGACUGGCUGUCACUGCCAGUACCACCUGGACCAAGCUGGCUACUGGUGGAUACUUUGGAACCUGAGACAGCAUACCAGUUCAGUGUCCUGGCACAAAACAAGUUGGGCACUAGCUCCUUCAGUGAGGUGGUCACUGUGAACACUUUAGCAUUCCCUAUCACAACUCCAGAACCCCUGGUGCUGGUUACCCCACCAAGGUGCCUCACAGCCAAUCGGACCCAGCAGGGCGUACUCCUGUCUUGGCUCCCACCCGCCAACCACAGCUUUCCCAUUGACCACUACAUCAUGGAGUUCCGCAUUGGAGAGCGCUGGGAAAUUCUAGAUGAUGCAAUCCUGGGAACUGAUGGAGACUUUUUUGCUAAGGAUUUGUCACAGGACACUUGGUACGAGUUCCGAGUUCUGGCUGUCAUGCAGGAUUUGAUCAGUGAGCCCAGCAACAUUGCCGGCGUCUCCAGUACAGACAUCUUCCCACAACCUGACCUGACAGAUGAUGGGCUGGCCCGCCCAGUUUUGGCUGGCAUUGUGGCAACAAUCUGCUUCUUGGCAGCAGCCAUCCUUUUCAGCACGUUGGCUGCCUGCUUUGUCAACAAACAGCGUAAACGAAAGCUCAAACGCAAGAAAGAUCCCCCUCUCUCCAUCACUCAUUGCCGGAAGAGCCUGGAGUCUCCUUUAUCCUCUGGAAAAGUGAGCCCCGAGAGUAUCCGGACACUUCGAGCCCCUUCGGAAUCCUCCGAUGACCAGGGUCAGCCAGCAGCCAAGAGGAUGCUGAGUCCCAGCCGUGAGAAGGAACUGUCCCUGUACAAGAAGACCAAGCGGGCCAUCAGCAGCAAAAAGUACAGCGUAGCCAAAGCUGAGGCUGAGGCUGAGGCCACCACCCCCAUUGAGCUCAUCAGCCGGGGCCCUGAUGGACGGUUUGUGAUGGAUCCCUCUGAGAUGGAGCCCUCGCUCAAGAGCCGGCGCAUUGAAGGCUUUCCCUUUGCAGAGGAGACCGACAUGUACCCCGAGUUCCGUCAGUCAGAUGAGGAAAAUGAUGACCCACUAGUGCCCACCUCCGUGGCUGCCCUCAAGUCUCAGCUGACCCCUCUGUCGUCCAGCCAAGAGUCCUACCUGCCACCACCAGCAUACAGUCCUCGGUUCCAGCCGCGGGGGCUGGAGGGUCCCAGUGGUCUGGAAGGUCGACUCCAGGCUACAGGCCAGGCCCGGCCCCCAGGCCCCCGGCCCUUCCACCAUGGCCAGUACUACGGUUACCUCAGCAGCAGCAGCCCCGGGGAAGUGGAGCCCCCACCUUUCUACAUGCCUGAAGUGGGCAGCCCCCUGAGCUCUGUCAUGUCAUCCCCACCCCUGCACACUGAGGGACCUUUCGGUCACCCCACCAUCCCCGAGGAGAAUGGCGAGAACAACUCCAACAGCACGCUGCCCCUGACUCAGACACCCACGGGAGGCCGCUCCCCAGAGCCCUGGGGCCGGCCCGAGUUUCCCUUCGGUGGGCUGGAGUCCCCGGCCAUGAUGUUCCCCCACCAGCUGCACCCCUGCGAUGUGGCAGAGAGCCUGCAGCCAAAGGCCUGCCUCCCCCGGGGCCUGCCCCCGACCUCCCUUCAGGUGCCCGCAGCCUACCCGGGCAUUCUGUCUUUGGAGGCACCAAAGAGUUGGGCAGGCAAGUCACCCGGCAGAGGUCCAGUCCCAGUGCCCACCGCCACCAAGUGGCAGGACAAACCUAUGCAACCUCUGGUGAGCCAAGGGCAGCUCAGACAUACCAGCCAAGGUAUGGGCAUACCGGUGUUGCCUUACCCCGAGCCGGCUGAGCCCUCGGGUCAUGGCGGCCCAAGCACAUUCGGCCUGGACACCCGGUGGUAUGAGCCCCAGCCUCGGCCCAGGCCCAGCCCCCGGCAGGGCAGGCGAGCCGAGCCCAGUUUACAUCAAGUGGUGCUACAGCCCUCGCGGCUCUCGCCUCUGACCCAAAGCCCCCUAAGCUCCCGCACCGGCUCACCCGAGCUCGCAGCCCGGGCACGGCCCCGCCCUGGCCUCUUGCAGCAGGCAGAGAUGUCGGAGAUAACCCUCCAGCCACCCGCCGCAGUCAGCUUCUCCCGCAAGUCCACACCAUCCACGGGUUCCCCUUCCCAGAGCAGUCGGGGAGAUAGCCCCAGUUAUCGGCCGGCCAUGGGCUUCACCACCCUGGCCACUGGCUAUCCCUCCCCACCCCAGGGCCCUGCCGGGCCUUCGGACAGCCUGGAUGUGUUCGGACAGACACCCUCCCCUAGGAGGAUGGGGGAGGAACUGCUCAGACCAGAGCCCCCACCAACAACCUUAUCCACUUCAGGAACACAUCCAUCUGCAUCCGGGAAUUCUGCUGCACCUGAGAGGCUUGAAGCUCUGAAAUACCAACGGAUAAAAAAGCCCAAAAAGUCAACCAAGGGCUCCUCGAAAUCCAAAAAGCGAUCCGACGGUUCUGCUUCCCAGGUUCAGCAACUUCCUAACUCUCAGGUACUGUGGCCCGAUGAAGCUGUCUGCCUCCGAAAGAAAAAGAGACACUCUCGUCCUGAUCCCUUUGCCCGCCUCUCAGACCUGUGUCAUCGCCAGCUUGCUGAGGACCAGACAGCCAUUCUCAACAGUGUGGACCAUGAUGACUCGGGCCAUGCCACCUUGCUGUAGCUUAGUGCCAAUUGUAAAGGUUCUAACAGCAAGAAAAUUGGUUAGGGGGAUGGGGAGCAGAGGGGAGAAAGUGGUCUAUAAGAAAUACAUGUGGGGGUGGGGGGUGGAUAGAAUGGGUUUGACUGACAUGGCAUGGGGGUAAAUUUGCUUCUUCCAUCAGUAAAUGGCUUGCCUUGAAUUUUUGUUGUGGGAAUUGUUCAAAUCUUUACUCCAGUAUGGACCAUUUCCUUCUUCUUCCUCUUCUCCUGUUGGAAUAGCUUUCAGGCAAAAUCCUCAAUUCCUUGGCCAGUUGGCCUCAGUGGAAGGACAGAGAGGAAGAAGUAAGCUGUGAGUGUAUGGUGGUGGGAAGUAAUUUGAGAGCAGGGAGAGAGCUCCCUAGAUAGAUUUUUCUCACCUCCUCCAGCUACCUGUGGGAGAAUUAAGGAAGAAGAGGAAGCCAAAUGUCUCCUUUUCUCUCUUCUUCUGUUUCAGUUUUUCAAAUCCUGGAAGACAGAUGGAUUUUCCAUCCAAUUCCCCCUACUUCCAAGCUAACAUAUAUGUAGAUAUAGAUACAGAUACAUAUCCAUGUAAUGUGUUUCUGUAUGUAUGUAUAUAUAUAUGUUCAGAUUAGCGUGUCAUCCAAACUUAAGUGUUACAUGUCUUUCUGUGGUAUAUGAAAGGAGAAGAAGGGUAUCAGUGGGUAGGAUCAGCAUGCGGGUUAAUGGGAUGCCCCAGUGUCUGUCUCAGGAUAUUAUUUCUCCUUUCAAUGAAAUCCACACGUUCUGGGCAGAAUCUACCAUUUGUCUUUGCUACUUUCUCUCAUGCAGAGGAGGUGUGGACCAUUGCUAUGUUUGCUAACCAUUGCCCCUUCCCACACCCCAUAUAUCUUUGGAUACUCGGCAGUGAGAUACCAAAGAAUCAAAUCCUCCCCAUCCCUCUCCCCUUACUAUUUUUCCUAGCCCCUGGAUAAAGGAAAUAUAUUAUGGAAAGGGGCCUGGCUGGUGUCUUCCUUCCAUCCACAGGCCAGCCAAGGCUCCUGAGGCUCAGGCAGGAAGGCCUCUGGGUACAAACUUCAUCUCAUUUUUCACUCCCCCGCCCCUUGGUCUCUCUAGACCUCGAGCCCUGUGGCUGAAGGGGUCCUUUGCUCGAUAGCCUGUUCACUGUGCUGAGUGCUAGGUUGCCUCAGCUUGAUUUAUUAUCCUGUUUCCAACAUGGCAGCACCCUUCCAAGUGCUUUUUCAGACCAGCUGGUUGGAUUCUUUCUCCCUUUCUGUGGGAGACAAAACACCAGACUGACUGAUUGCCACUCGUGCAUCACCUACAAGUGCGCACCCAAUGAUCUUCCUCUGCCUUGUGAUAAACGUUCCUCCCCAACCUAUGGCUGGGAUGGGAUGACAUUAGGUAAAUCCUGAAGGCUUGAGGCUUCUUGGUUUUCAGUGGGGUGGAGGGAGUUUCCUCACUUUCCUCCUCUCAGUUCUGCUGAAGCCAGGCCCUGGCCAUCCUAGCCCUAGGGAGGAACAAUGUUCUUUGAUCUAUCUUUUGCCAAAAUAUUGUCUGUCCAGACUGUUAGUUUCUGGCAGCUUUUGUGGAGUCAUGUUGGGGAUGCUUACAGUGUAUCACUUCCAAAAUGGUAAGCUGCUAGCCAAGAGCAAGACAGGAUGUCCUGCUAGUGGUGAAGAUUGGUGGUGGUGGGGUUAUUUCUCUCUCCCUUUGACCAAGGAGAUUGUUACCCUGCUUUAGUAGAAAGAGAAGACCACUGGCGUCUCAAAGGAUUGCCUUCUUGGUGCUGUUGUUUUGGUGCAUUUUAGGGUCCCAGCUUCUUCUCUGAUUCCUACUUGGACACUUACCAAGUUCUGGAGCAGUAAAAUUACUAGGUCUCACUCCACCUGGUCUGAUGACAAUUGCCAAUAGCUGGGCUCUAGGGCAUGGCCUUGUCCAUCUGGUCUGGCCCUCCUCAUUCGGGCAGUUGCAUCUGCCCUGGGGCUUUUAAAUUGGAGGGGAAUCUGUCUUCCCCACCAUUGUGACAGGCCCUUGGUGCUUCCUUUUCCCAGCCCAGUGGGCCAGGGAACAACCUUGCCUCUAGGUGAGGUUCAGCUGAAGCAAUUCAAGCCACCACAAUUCAUUUCUAAGCAAGACAAACCUUUAAUGAAAGGAAUGGGAAGAAGGUAGGGUUCUCCCACUCUGGGCAUUUCUGGUCUCCCAGAAGUCUGCAGACACUUGUAUUUUUGCUUGGCAACUAAGAUGCUGGAUGAUGCUUCCAUCUUGCUUUAUCCAAAAUUUCUCUACCCCUGGCUGUCAGGGUAACUUUUCUUCCCCAGUGAGGUCCUACGGAGGAGAGAAAACUGGGUGAUCCUGUGUCUUCUAUCUUAAGGCACUUGGACCUCUGCCAUGGUGCCAUGCUGUGUCCUUUGUUUUAGUGUCAGUUCUGGGUGUUCUCAGGAAGUGAGAAUUACUGAUGUAUUAAGGAGCAGGCAUAAAAUAUUGUCUUAAUUAAGGUUGGGUGAAACUCCUGCUUGUAUUCUUCCUGUGUUCACUUUCUCUUCUAAGAGUAGGAAGUCUAGGCCACCCUUCCACAAUUUGGACCUGGGACUCUUGGGUCUGGAACACCAACAUCAGUGAGGUUAAAUCUUCCUGGCCCCUUAUUUUUUCUCCAGGAAAGAUACUUGAUUAGAUUCUGAACAACAAAGCCAUUCAAGGAAAGGAAAAGGUUCAAACUGAGCCCAUGGAAGAGAGAUUUUGAAAAAAAGACUGAAUAUUGUACAUGAUAUUCAAUUUAGGUGAGUGGGGGAAGUUUAGAAACCUUGACGGAUGAACCUUGCCUGGAGUUCAGCCCAGCCUAUUUUAUAGACCUCAGAUCUUGGAAGUCAUCUGACUAUCUCUCUGGAAGAUGAUCUUUUAGGGGCUUGGUUGAUAAAGGGUAGAACAUCCUUAGAUAGACUAGAGCAUAGCAGGGAAGCUUUCUACAUAGCACCAGUAAUGGGCCUGCCAAAACAUUGUUGUGUCCCCAGUAUCUUGGAAGCAUAUUUCUUGCACCAUUAUAUCAAAGGGUCACUUUGUGAUUAGAAAGUUUGUGAAUUCUAGAAGUUUCUUGAUUUCUGGUCUGCCUUGCUUUUAUCUCUUGUGGAAGAGGCAGUGACCAGAGGUGUUUGUAGCUGAGGUGGGCUAUAGGUGAUUUGGGGCUGAAGAGCUGAAGAGGACUCUGGGGAGUAUUUAGAGAAAGUAGUCAGACUCACUGGACUGAUGGGUUUCUUUGGGAGUCUAUGAUUUUCUGCUACUGUGUGGCCUGGUUCUGCUUAUCUGCAGACUUGGCUAGAGAAUGAAGAGUCCUUAAGGCUCCAUUGGACUCCCUUGUCUGGCUAAGUCAAAUGGAGCCCAAGAAUCACUGGAAGAGGGAAGCAGUCAUUUGACAAGCUGUUGAGUGGCUGUUUCCUUUAGAAUCUUUUAAGGGUAGUCCUAGAACCUGAUUUUUUUUUUAAUCAAGAGAAUGCUUAAUUAAAAGGUUUUGGUUUCUUACGUUUGUUUGGGGUAGAGGAAAUGAAUGAACAUGUCCUGAUCUUGGACCUCUAAAAUGAGUCUGUGGGUAUGUUUUUUAGGUAGGGAAUUAUGUGUGCAGAAAUACAAGCACACACAUAUAUAUACACACACAAAUCUGUUCACAUUCUUCAGAGGAAAGUUUGUCCAGCAAGUUUUGCCCCUUGGUCCUUACAAAGGUGCUGAUCCCAUCUCUUCUUACCCCUGGCAAAUCCUCUUACUUUAGCACAUCAGGACAAACUGAAUUGGAUGUUGUUCUUUAUGCCAACCACCAGAUUUAUUCUGUGACCAGGGAAAAGACACAAAGGAGAGUAUUUGAGAGUGGACAUGUUUUUCCCCUCUUAGGAGAGCUUUCUCAAGCGCUCUUUCUCUCUUGUUGCCUGGCAGCUACGUUGGGUCUUCCUUCAAGGGUAUGAACUAGGGUGAAUAGGUAGGGCUGCUUUACCCAGUGUGAUACAAGAGUAGAGAUUUUUCUUGGCACUUUUAGUGUAGAGUGUGUGUGUGUGUGUGUGUGUGUGUGUGAUCAAGCAUGAUUGUAUCUAUUUCCAAAUCUCCCUUGAAGCUCCUUUCUUUAUCCCUGAACAAUUAAAAAUAGCAUUAGACCAAAAUCCUGCUUUACUUGAGGUAUAGAACCCUGGUUACCAUCUUUCUUAUAAGGGUCUGAUGGAUUGAUUGCCUUGUAGGUUAGAAGUUGCUUUUGGAAGAGUCCUUCCCAAGACCCAAAUAUUAAUCUUUCUUCUUUUCUUUUUCUUUUAAUACCCUCUAACUCCCACUGUCUCAACUUUAGAAUUGCAGAAAAUUGAAGUAAGGGAAAAAGUAAAAAGGACCCCAAGGGAUCCUAAGGUAAUAAGCACAGGUCAGUGGAUCUGAACCCCUAUUUUAUUUAGGGAGAGUAAAUAACAGUUGAGGAGGAGAUAGCAAAACCCAGUGGCAUCCUAACCUUGCUCCUCAUUUAAUGAUGACUAGAUCUGGUUUGUUUUGUGGUCAUCUUGUGGUUAGGCAACAUGACUGCCCCAUGUGGGUGCUAGAACAUUGGCCUUAUUGGGCUUCUGGGAAAGUAAGGCUAUGAAUACUGAGACACCAGUUCCUCAACUGAGGAGGUCCUUGGCCUGGAAAAGAUGGGACAGCUUUACUAUGGGAAGGCUGGUAGAUUGUUUGGGCUACUUCCUAUCUCUCCAUCCUAUGUUGCCAUUUUCAGUUUGAUAUCCUCUGCCAUGGAAGUUUCUGUGUUUUCUCUUAACACUCUUCCCUUUUAGAAGAAAUAGGGUGGGGAGUUUCAGAGCUCUUGGUACUGGUAUAUGUGUUCAAACUAUUCCCUCAAAAAGAGGGAAUGAACACAAGAGGCAGCAAUUAAUGCUUCUUGCUACCUCCCAGGAUUCAAACCCAGGGCUGAGGUAUAUUCUCCUGGUUGGGGAUAAAUUCCCUCUGAUCUUUUUAGGAAGAGCUUUUUGGAGGGUGGGGUGAGUAGGAGUGGGAGAGGAGCUGUACAUAAGAUGUUUUACAUCUGUAGAGAAACAUAAGAUAUGAAAAGCUAACCAUUUAUCAUGGCUUAAUUUGUUUGCAUGUAAAGGAGCUUUUGGGGAGUCCCAGGGAAAGCUAGUUAGAGGCUAAGGAACAGAAAGGGAGAUGGUUGGGAAGUUUGAAGGAGCUAGAUAUACCUCUUUUAAGACAGCUUCUCAUAAUGCAAUAAGGGGGUCCCCUCAUCAGCAUUCCUAAGCCUAACCUAACUCUUGUGUUUCUUGCUGUAUAAAAUGGGAAAUGGCAUCAGAUUUGAAAACUGGUCACAUUGAAAAUAGGGCCAGUUACUGUUAAGAAGGGGAUCCAAAAUAUAUCUAAUGGACUGUCCAAGAUGGGGAAGGCAAGUGACAAUAGGAGUUGGAAUAUAGGGAAGGAAUCAACUUCUGUUGCAAACAAUGUAUUGGAAUGUGGGGAACUAUGGGAUAUGGGGAUGAGUACAUCUUUAGAUAGAGAAAAGAAGUUGGGGUCAGAGAAUGGGGUAGAGGGGACAAGAGACUGCCAUUCUACUUCAGACACCUACCAGUCCUCCUAAAAUAGAACUAGAAUUUUAUGUUCCAGAAUUUUGACCAUCUAGGGAAAUGCAAGAAGGUUAGGGUAAUAAACAUGGAAAAGAGGAGAAUUAGUUCUUAGAAUCAAUGAAACUAAUUGAAGGAUGAAGGAAAUUGUGGUUGAAGGAAAGUUGAGGGACCUUUGAAUAUUAGACAAUUGAAGUUUGUCUUAUUUAUUUUGAGACUACUUGAUAUGAGAUUAAGCUUCCAUGCAAAGUAUUCAAACUGGAGAUUCCUCCUUGGAGAUUCCUGUUAGGGUACAGAUUCACUUUACCUAUAUUCUUUGCUGGGAACUCUUGAGCUUAAACCCAAAAGAUUAUCCAUUCUUUCUAUCAUGAGCCAUUCAUUGGUGGGUGACCUGUGACCAUUUUUUUAUAAGGAGAAAAAUCCAGACAAUCUUUUCCUAUUAUUCUAUUGGCCAAGGAACAUGCCAUGGUAUUUGUGAGAUGUAUUAGAAAUAUAAUAGAUUUGGAAUUUUAAUUAAGGGGUUUAGUGACUAAGAACAGAAUGAGAGAAGCUGCCAGAGGGUCUUAAGCCCAGUUUGAAACCUUGAGGAGGAUUCCUGGUAGAAAUCCUGAGGUAGAAAGUGUGUUGGUGACCAACUGUACUUGGGACAUACUCCUGAGUGUAUCCAACUUGGGAGGUGCUGGAAAACUUUGGCUCUCUAGGGUAACAUAGAUUUUUGGAGUGAUAGUUGGGAAAACAGAAAGUUUGGAGGUUUUGGAAUUAGCUGAAGAAGAACAUCAACAGUGAAUAAGGAAGAAAACUGGGUUUCCACUCUUGAGUGCUGCAGAGUGGGCCUAGGUUUGGGCCUAGCAAGGCCAAGAAGCCUAAUCCAGCUUCACUAGGCCAGAAGUGAACUGGCAGUUGGAGUAGUGAUCUGAAGAAUACAAGAAGGUAAAAUGUAUAUAUAAUUUUAGAAUUGUAUAUUUCAGAUAGAUCCUCGGGAUUAGUGGUAGUUAAGGAGAAUAAGGAGGCUUUGGGUAAACCCAAGUGAGAAGCAGAUUUUUGAGAAUCAGAGGGGAGUGGGAAAGCUUAGACCCUGUUUAGAUGAGGGAUUUAUUCUAUACUCUUUAUCUAUCUUUACCCUUACUUAAACCUUUUACCUUAUUAAAAGAGGUUUUGUUUUUGAACCUGUUGCCUCCAAAGUUGUAUACAUCAGUCUUCCUCGACAAGGCCUAAAUUGUUACAUAGGUCUCAGAUCACAACAACUCUACUUCAACAGAUAGCCAGCUGACCUUUUACUAUCAACAAUAUUUACAACAGAGACUAAAUAGAUACCGUGUCCAAAAUAUACCUAACAGAUGGCAGGUGAGUAUGGAGAAAAAGGGGUACUAGGUCCUUUUAUCCCAUAAACAUAAUUUUCCUUUUCUUGCAAAGGAGUAGACAUCUUGCUUCAGGUCAAGAAAUAUCACCUUGCCCUUGAGCUUAAGGUUUCUGCCCUUACUUUCUUCCCCCUCCUGGACAGUCACUGAUUGGCACUGCUCUUGUAUAGGAUGGACUGAAGGCAGGGCUGACUGAAAAUGGCCUGCAACCCAGUGACCCUCCUCUCUCCUCUUCUUCAGUCUUGAGACAGAAUUAUGAGCUUUUCUGCUUAGGAAGAAAUCCAGACCUAGACCCAACUUUUGCAUUCUCUUUUCCUUUCUGUGGUCACUCCUUCCCUCAGGUAAACCAGCCCCCUUGCUAUUGAACACUGACUUCUAGAUUUGCAAAGGCAUAUUAGCAAAUGUGGGUAAAUUCUUCAGAUGGGCAUACCCGUUCAGUUAUCAAGGGAUGGCACUAUGGCGGUGAAUCCCAUUUGGAAUUGAUGGGCGUAGCUUUCAGUAUAGGUUGGGGACUGGUUUGAAAAGUACCCCCUUGAUUUCCCAUGGGUAUUUUGACAAAGCUUUCUCUAGAGGGAAGGAGAAAGUGCUACAUGCUGAAGAAUAGCAUUUGGGGUUUAGAUGCUUCAUAGGCAGCAAAAUCGAGGCAAAAGGCAUUAUAGAACAUUGUAGACAAUGAAUAGGAAGUGAGUCAAAAUUCACUUGGUUUAAUAUUUGGUGUUGCUUUCUAGCAGGGACUCAUAGUAAGCCUGGGCUCAGAACAGGGUUAAGGGGAGCCAUUCCCUGCUUUGGAUCAUCUGGCAAGGAAAGGGAGAGAAACUGAGGUGAAGGGGUGGUGUGGGCUCAGCUCCCAUCUCCUUCUCUUCAACUUAUGUCUACCUCAUGCUCCCUGGUGUUAUUUGAGUUUCAAUGGGACCUGUUGAGCUUCCUGGUCUUUGAGGCAUACACGUCUCUUCCCCUCCUUCCUAGUAUUCCCGGUUCUGAAUUUGGUUCAGGAAAGGGGCAACUCUUGCCUCCCCCUCCCCCAGGCCUUUUCUCUUUUUUCCCUAUCCUCUAUUUCUUCUUGGCUCCAGGGAUUCUGAACUUGUGCAUGGCUUAGGUGGUAUGGGGGUGGGGAAGGGGAAUCUGGGAGGGUUAAAUGGGUUGGUUUGGGGUUGGGGGGGAUUUGAAUUAUUCAGCCUUAGAGAUGUUGUAAGCAUGCUUUCUGGUGAUGUGUUUUCACAUAAGUAAGUGGAAGGGGCAAAUGCUUCCCUGCAUUUUCAUAUCUGGAGUGAUGGCUUGGGGCUCAGCUUCCUUAGGAGACUUGUGAGAGUUCAUUUCCACUGAAAUUUAACCUCUCUGUGGGUCACCUGGCAAUUCUGGGUGAGUACACUGCUAAUCAACAAAUAUUUAUUGAUUCUACUCAAUGCAAGUCACUUGGGGAGGUCUAUAUUGUUAAAUAGCUGGGUACUGCCUGAGUGUGGGGAGGUGAGAUGAUCCCAAUAUAAAAAAAUCCCCCCCUUUCCACAGGGAUUACACAACCUCCAUCCAUCUCUACAGAUGCUCAGGGGCUGCCUUUUCCCUUUGGGUUUUAGAUGCAGAAUGAUGGCUUGGAUCUCUCUGCUUGAGGUCUGCUUUGUGUUCUUCUUUCCCACUUUCAAGAAGAGUCUGCUUAUGUGAGUGUGUGUGUGUGUGUGUGUGUGUGUCUGUGUGUCUGUGUGUGUGUGUGUGUGAGAGAGAGAGAGAAAGAGAGAGAGAGAGAGAGAGAGAGAGAGAGAGAGAGAGAGAGAGAGAGAGAGAGAGAGAGAGAGAGAGAGAGAGAGAGAGAGAGAGAAACAAGGAGAUGUGGGAGGCAAGAUUUUUGAAUCUGCCCCUAAGGGGAGUUAGGCUCCCAGUUCCCCAUCCCCAUUUUUCCUGAGAAAUAUCAUGCAUAAGAUACCCUCCCUCCUAUUGACUCCCAGCCAGACAACUUUGUUUUGGCAGGAGGAUUACAGGGGAAAUCUUCCAUCUUCAAUGUAUUUUUAUGAAGAUUGUAUAUAAAAUUAUAUAAAUAUAUAAUUUUUUCUAUUUUAGAGAGAGAGGGGAACUUAUGUAAAGGGGGUGGGUGGGAUAAGUCACAAUGAGGAGAUGCAAUAGCAGUAACUAGAAGGCUGCAGACAAGUGCUACAUUGGGGAUGGGUAGAGUGUGGGAGGGAAUGAGCAGGGCAAGAGGAAUGGGGGGAAAUUUUUUUCUUAAGCUGCACUCGGAGUCCUCCACCUCUGCAUUUAUAUGUAUAUAUAAAUAUGAAGAAAUCUAUAUAAAAGACUAUCUAUCUUAUCUCUAUAUCUAUCUCUAUACAUAUAUAUGAAGUCAUAGUUUGCUUUAUUUUUGUACCCAUGCUUUGAGAUGUUUCAAACAAGACCACCUAGCCUAGGUGGUCUGGGAUCCUUGCUCACUUCCUAAUGCCAUCUCUCUCCUCUUCCUUAUCCUUUUCUUCCUUCCUUUUCCCAGUUGCUUGGGUUGAUCUGUCAGAAAUUUAAAAAAAGGAAAACCAAACAAAAGGAAAAAAAUCUUUCAGAUGCUUGCCAAGAAGUGCGGAGAGAAGUGGGAGAAAGAGGAAGCUGAAAGAUUUCAUGGGAAAUUGUGACCUUGGUCUCUCUUGUCCAAAUGCAUAGCAGAUGAUACCAGGGGAAGGCACAGUGGGAAAGAGCUGCUAAGAGAGGAAGCUCUGGGAGUGAUUCCCUACAAUAUUCUGGUUCGACCUCUAGUCAUCGUAAAAGUGUCCAGCUAGCCUGUGACAUUGUUAGAGAUGAUAAGACCAGGAAAAGUCAUAAAGCUAGAAAGUGACCCACAAGAAUAGCUGUCCUAUAUUAUGGCCUCUCUGUUUAAAUAACCAGUGAGGGGCUGAGAGGCCAUAGGCAUGGAUCCAAGUGGUACUAUCAGCAGUGCCAGAAGAAAAAGAGACUCUGGCUUUGCAAUGCUUCAGGUUCUUAGAACCAGUGGAAUCUGGUGUCUAGUAUGAAUAUAAAUAUAUAAUUAUAUAUAUAGAUAUAUAUACACACACACAAUAUUUUUCCAAUUGUUAUUAUUCUUAAGUGGCAAAACAAAAUGCAGUUUGAAAUGGAAUGGCACAGCCCUGGAGGCAUUGAGUGGAA